UCACGCUUUCUCCCUCUGCACACCACCCUUUCCAUUUUAGGUUUAGGGUUUCCACCACACCCCCACCCUUAUCUCUCUCUCUCUCUCUAAACCCUAAAGAUCUGCAACAAUGGUGAAGCCGACCAAGGCCGAGAGGAAAACGACGUACGAUGGAAAGCUGUGCAAGAUGCUCGACAUAUAUUCCCAGAUCCUGGUCGUGGCGGCCGACAACGUGGGGUCGAACCAGCUUCAGAACAUACGCAAGGGGUUGAGGGGUGAUUCGGUGGUGUUGAUGGGUAAGAACACCAUGAUGAAGCGCUCCAUUAGGGCCCAUGCUGAUAAGACCGGCAACAAUGCCAUCCUCAACCUCGUCCCCCUUCUCGUGGGUAACGUGGGAUUGAUCUUUACCAAGGGAGAUCUCAAGGAAGUGAGCGAAGAGGUUGGAAAGUAUAAGGUUGGAGCUCCUGCUCGGGUUGGCCUUGUUGCUCCAAUUGAUGUCAUUGUACCACCAGGAAACACCGGACUCGAUCCUUCUCAGACUUCCUUCUUCCAGGUGCUCAACAUUCCAACUAAGAUCAACAAAGGCACAGUGGAAAUCAUCACCCCAGUAGAACUCAUAAAGAAGGGAGACAAAGUGGGCUCUUCCGAAGCCGCCCUUCUCUCGAAGCUAUUAAUAAGGCCGUUCUCUUACGGCCUUAUAGUCCACUCUGUCUACGACAACGGGUCGGUUUUCAGCCCCAACGUGCUCCAACUCACCGAGGACGAUCUGGUGGAGAAGUUUGCAGCCGGGGUGUCGAUGGUUACCUCCCUCUCAGUCGCUCUCGCGUACCCAACACUUGCUGCUGCGCCUCACAUGUUCGUUAAUGCAUACAAGAAUGUUCUGGCUAUUGCAUUGGAAACAGACUUCUCCUUCCUACAGGCUGAGCAAGUGAAGGAAUACUUGAAGGAUCCAAGCAAAUUUGCUGCUGCCGCUGCUCCAGUUACUGCUGCUGCUGGUGGCCCAGCAGAGGUUGCAAAGGAGGAAAAGAAGAAAGAAGAAGUUGAGGAGUCCGCUGAGGAAUCAGAUGAUGAACCGAUGAUGAAUAUAUUUGGUGAUUGAGUUUUCGAUCUGUUAGUAGUUUCUGUCUGGAGUCCAGAGAGUACCAAUGUGAACGUUUUUCUUUACCACGUUUUGUGUUUCGUUUAGGAUCCUUUUGGUUGGAUGACUUUCUUUCAUUUUGAAUUCAGAGAUGUUUUGCAUCCUAAUCAAAUGCUUCAAUGCUUUCUUUUUGUUGCCA